AUGUCGCUCAAAGUACCAAAGCCCAACAGCAUCCAGCUCUUCAAGGAUGGCUACAAGCAUCUACAAGGUCUCGAAGAUGCCGUUCUUCGAAAUAUACAGGCCGUCGCAGAGUUAUCUGAUCUCGUACGGACGAGCUUUGGUCCAAAUGGUCGCAAUAAACUCGUAAUCAACCACCUGGGCAGAUUAUUCGUCACGUCCGAUGCAGCGACUAUCAUCAGGGAAGUGGAGGUCGUUCAUCCAGCAGCAAAAUUACUUGUCAUGGCAUCUCAAGCUCAGGAAUCUGAGAUGGGUGACGCGACGAACAUGGUCCUCAUCUUCGCAGGUGAACUACUGAAGAAGGCCGAACAUCUUCUUGUCAUGGGUCUGCAUCCCAGUGAGGUCAUUCAAGGAUAUGAACUUGCGCGCACAAAAGCACUCUCCGAACUGGAAUCAUUGUCGACCUCAAGUCUGACCAAAUCCUUUCACAGCUAUCGACUCUCGCAGAAGCACUUAAACCCGCAAUUGCAUCAAAGCAAGUAUGGCUUUGAAGACAUGCUCUCAAAAUUUGUAGCAGAGGCUGCACUAGCAGUCAUGCCAAGUAACCCUAAAAAUUUCAACGUAGACAAUGUACGGGUGGUCAAGAUCAUGGGUAGCAGUCUCUCGGCGAGCAGAGUCGUCCAGGGAAUGGUGUUCGGCAGGGAACCUGAAGGCGAGAUCAAAAAAGUUACCAAGGCCAAAGUGGCCGUCUUCACCUGUCCUAUAGACAUCUCCCAAACAGAGACCAAGGGCACAGUUCUCAUCAAAAACGCCGAUGAAAUGCUCAACUUCACUCGUGACGAAGAAAAACAUCUUGAAAAGAUAUUCAAGGAAAUCGCCGAUUCCGGAGUCAAAGUCAUCAUCGCAGGAACUAGCGUCGGCGAGCUCGCAAUGCACUUCCUUAACAGACUUAACAUCGCCGUCCUCAAAGUUCUCUCCAAGUUCGAUCUGCGCAGACUCUGCCGCGUUGUCAACGCGACCCCACUUGCCCGAAUCGGAGCGCCAACGCCAGAGGAGGCAGGCUUCGUCGAUGUAUUCGAGACAACCGAAAUCGGUGGCGAUCGUGUGACGGUGCUGCGCCAGUUAGUGCAAGGCGAACCCGGGUACGACAGUGAGUCUGAAAAGACGAGAACAGCAACGAUCGUUCUGAGGGGUGCAACCGCCAACCGUCUGGACGAUCUCGAGCGCGCGGUAGACGAUGGUGUGAACGUGAUCAAGGCAUUAUUGAAAGACCCUCGGUUAGUGCCUGGAGCUGGUGCGACGGAGCUCGAGCUUGCUAAGAGGGUGGAUACAUACGGGAGUGGUUUGAGGGGACUGGCACAGCAUGCUGUCAAGCGGUAUUCCACUGCGCUCGAGGUCAUUCCUCGGACUCUUGCAGAGAAUGCGCUUGGAGGGGCAGAGGGUAACGAAGAAGCGUGGGGCGUCGAUGUUGAGGCGGAGCAGGACGGCACACUCUUAGCUACCGAGCACAAGAUUCUCGACUCUCUAGCAGCGAAGGCAUGGGCUCUCAAACUCGCCACGGAAGCAGCAGCUUCUGUUCUGAGUGUGGACAGCAUCAUAAUGAGCAAGCCUGCAGGAGGCCCAAAAAUUCCACAACAAUCAGGUAACUGGGAUGAGGAUGAUUAG